GUCAAAAUUUUGAAUUAAAAGUGGAUAUUUGAUAAAAUCAAGAUAAUAAUAUUAUAUGGUAUUUUUUUUGAACUGUAACAAUGCUAUUUUUUUCAUUCUUCAAAACAUUAGUCGGCAAAGAUGUUGUCGUCGAGCUCAAAAAUGAUUUGGCCAUUGCCGGAACGUUACAUGCUGUCGAUCAAUAUCUUAAUUUCAAAUUGACUGAUAUAACCGUUUUGGAUAGUCAAAAAUAUCCAUACAUGAUAUCAGUGAAAAAUUGUUUCAUCCGUGGAUCGGUCGUUCGUUAUGUUCAAUUACCAUCCGAUGAUGUCGAUGUAACAUUGUUACAAGAUGCUACCCGUAAAGAAGCUUCGGCUAAAUAAAUUUAAA